AUGACGUUUCGGAUGAGGCGACAUGUAUUCCUUCGUAUAAUGAAUGCUGUUGAGGAACAUGACAAUUAUUUUGUGCAGAAGCGGAAUGCAGCCGGUACGCUAGGUCUAUCUUGUCUGCAAAAGGUCGUGGCAGCUUUUCGUAUGUUAGCUUAUGGAGUACCAGCUGAUGCUUUGGACGAGUACAUUCGUAUCGGUGAGAGUACUGCUAUAGAAUCUUUGAGAAAGUUUGUUGUAGCUGUUGUUGAGGUAUUUGGACAAGAGUACAUGAGAUUGCCUAAUGAACAGGAUACCGCUAGGUUGCUUGCAAUUGGAGCAAGCAGAGGAUUUCCUGGGAUGCUUGGAUCCAUAGAUUGUAUGCAUUGGAGCUGGAAAAAUUGUCCUACUGCAUGGCAUGGGAUGUACAAGGGGCAUAAAAAGGAGCCUACAAUUAUACUAGAAGCUGUUGCAUCUAAAGAUCUUUGGAUAUGGCAUGCCUUUUUUGGCAUGCCUGGUUCACACAACGACAUCAAUGUGCUUCAAAGAUCUCCUAUAUUUGCAAGACUUGCUGAAGGACAAGGUCCACAAGUUAAGUACAACAUCAAUGGACAUGAUUAUUCAAUGGGUUAUUAUUUAGCUGAUGGCAUAUAUCCAUCGUGGGCAACUUUUGUUAAAACCAUUCCAGAGCCUCAAGGUAAUAAGAAAAAGUAUUUUGCAAAGGCACAAGAAGCAUGUCGAAAGGAUGUUGAAAGGGCAUUUGGGGUUCUACAAUCUCGCUUUGCUAUAGUUCGUGGGUCGGCUCGUUUGUGGGAUGAAGACACACUUCAUAAUAUAAUGAUGGCUUGCAUCAUAAUGCAUAAUAUGAUUGUUGAAGACGAGCGGGAUGAGUAUGGGGCACAAUAUGGUUACAACUUCGACGAUAUGGGACAAUAUGUUUGUAACUACGACGACAUGGGAGAAAGGGUGACAGUUUCAUAUAAUGAUGUACCUGAACUUAAUGCGUUCAUCCAAAAUUAUAAAAAUAUCAAGAACAAGGAAACACACUAUGAGCUUAAGGCUGACCUGAUCGAGCAUUUGUGGCAACACCAUCCUGAUUUAUACAAUAUUACUUAG